AUGGCCCAAUACUUCUACGACCUCCUUUAUACCUUCACCGAUUGCAUGUCCUGCUUUCCGAGCUCCCCGCAGCUGAAGAUCAAUAGCCGGAGUUUCAAGCUUCUACGUUUACUCGGCGAGGACAAGAGCACAUCGGAGCUCUUCGCCCUUAAAAAGAUCAGGUGCCCUUUCGGCCAAGAAUCGGUAUCCCAGGCACUGAAAGAAGUCGAAGCCUAUACGUUAUUCGUCGACAAUAGUAAUAUCAUUCAUUCUAUUGACCAUUGCGUUGCGACCGAGUCAGGGUCGAAAUUCCGUUCAGAUGGAGGGGAUGCAGGGUCUAAAACGGUCUACAUUCUUCUGCCAUAUUACCAAAAUGGAAACCUUCAGGAUGCCAUCAAUGCAAACAUUGUUAACCAUACUCAGUUCCCCGAGAAGGAACUCAUGAUCAUAAUGCUGGGUGUGGCCAAGGCCCUGAAGGGUAUGCAUCAGUAUCGGAUUAACAGCGGCGCAACACCGGCCAAGAAGGCGAAGCUUGUUAGGCAAGAAGGAAAAGCGGCGGACGCACCAAGAAGGAAGCAAAUGAGAAAAGGAAGCCAGAUAGAUGAUGAAGAUACAGAACAGGAGCCACUUAUGGACGGCGAGGUCACCAGGAGCCAGGAAGGAAUGGAAGAAGGUGACUAUCGGCCGUAUGCCCAUCGCGACAUCAAGCCAGGUAUGUUCCAAGUCAUCAACUCAUCAUGUGGGAUACUGAGUCCUCGCGUCCUCCGUUCAGGAAACAUUAUGCUUGACGACGAUGGUAAGACCCCCAUUCUCAUGGAUUUGGGUUCAAUGGCUCCCAGCCCAAUCGCGAUCACCUCUCGAUCUCUCGCCAUUGCUGUCCAGGACACGGCUGCCGAACAUAGCACCAUACCUUAUCGCGCGCCUGAGCUAUUUGACGUCAAGACUGGCUCUAUUAUCGAUACCAAAGCGGAUAUAUGGUCAUUCGGCUGUACAUUAUAUGCUUGCCUUGUCGGGAAAAGCCCUUUCGAGGCACGCAGUGACGAAACAGGGGGCAGCCUUAGUAUGUGUAUUCUGGGCGGAGAUUGGAGAUUCCCAGACGAGAAGACAGGCACUGUCCAAGGGAAAAGCAAAGUGUCCCCAGCGAACGGAGAAUCGGACGAGUCAUCAAGGGAGAGAAGCGCCAUUAGCCGGGAGGUGAAAGAAGUCGUCCGGCGUUGUUUACGUGUAGAACCCUCUGAACGACCAGAUAUCGAUGAACUAAUCGAAAUCAUACAGCAGACUAUUCAGGCGCUUCCUGGCAGUACCGGAGUGUGA